ACAAAGUUGAUUGUUCAGUCGAUCAUUAUACAACAUGCACAGUUUGCAACGUAUUUCGAGGGCCUCGACAAGCAUCAGAGCCUUUGCAUCCAAAUAUGAGCAAUCUUCCUCAACUAAUGGAUUCAAUUUUGCACUUAGUGAGACACAAUUGGAAUUCCAAGAGCUAGCAAGAAAGUUCACAAGAGAAAAUAUAAUUCCAGUGGCUGCUGAACAUGACAAAACUGGUAAAUUUCCUUGGGAGGUCAUAAAAAAGGCUCAUUCGUUGGGGCUGAUGCAGGGCCAUAUCCCAGAAGAAUAUGGUGGUAUGGGGUUUGGUGUUUUCGAUAGUAGCAUCGUAACAGAAGAAUUCUUCUAUGGAUGUUCUGGUAUAUGCAGUGUCUUUGAAACUAGCAAGCUUGGACAAACACCGGUGAUUAUCGCUGGGACUCAUGAACAGAAGAAAAAGUACAUAGGAAGGGUGAUAGAAGAACCGAUUUUGGCAGCCUAUGCUGCUACCGAACCUGGAGCAGGCUCCGACACGAAUGGAAUAAAGACUUGGGCAGAGAAAAAAGGAGAUGAGUGGAUAUUGAAUGGUCAAAAAAUGUGGAUAAGUAAUGGAGGAGUCGCCGACUGGUAUUUUGUUCUAGCUCGUACUCAUCCGGACCCGAAAGCUCCUGCUAGUAAGGCAUUCACAGGAUUCAUUGUCGAGAAGCAAUGGAAGGGUGUGACCGUUGGAAGAAAGGAGAUUAAUAUGGGACAAAAAGCUGCUGAUACUAGAGGAAUAACUUUCGAGGACGUCCGUAUACCGAAGGAAAAUGUUCUCAGGAGUGAAGGAGAUGGUUUCAAAAUAGCUAUGGAAACUUUGGACGUCACAAGAACUCCGGUAGCUGCCGCAGCAGUAGGUCUGGCCCAACGCUGCCUGGACGAAGCCUCCAAGUACGCUCUGGAGCGGAAAGCCUUCGGAGUGCCGAUCGGCCAGCACCAGGCCGUCGCUUUCAUGCUGGCCGACAUGGCCGUCGGCGUCGAGACGGCGCGACUGGCGUACCUCAAGGCCGCCUGGCAGUACGACCAAGGCACCAGGAACACGCUGGCGGCCUCAAUCGCGAAGAGUUACGCGUCCGACGUGGCCAACAAGUGUGCCACCGAUGCAGUGCAGAUAUUUGGCGGUAACGGAUACAACAGCGAAUAUCCGGUUGAAAAGCUGAUGAGGGACGCCAAGAUUUUCCAAAUUUAUGAAGGGACAUCACAAAUUCAGAGGGUUGUCAUAUCAAGACAUAUUCUAGAGAGGGCUAAGAGUCUUGUUUGA